UCGCCAUUGUCGCAUUAAUAUCCAACAUCUUCAAAAUGUCUUUCAUGGGUGGAGCCGAGUGUUCGACGGCGGGCAACCCGCUCAGUCAGUUCACCAAGCAUGUUGGAGACGACAAGAGCCUCCAACAUGACAGACUUGCCAACAGAGGUCCCAAUGCUGCGGUUGGUGGCUUCCGGAGUAUCAACCGCGGGCCUGGCCAAGAUGAGAUGGUGAACGGAUUCCUAAAUCAAACGCCGGAGAUGGCUCAUAUGCCUCUCGAACAAGGACAUAUGCUUCAUCUCGACCCGACCCAAGGCGCCCACAUGCGCGCCCCGAACGCCUCGCCAGCAUGGGCUCAGGACUUCCACAACACACAGGCGGCUAUGGAAGCCGCCUUCAAUGCGCCGCCUGGCACUCAGUUCAGCGCCGAUGAGUUUUCAAAGUUCCAGCAGAUGCACCCCGCCGCGGCGCCGGCCACCGCCAGCCAGAUGCCUGCUCAGCGCCCCAUGAUGGGUGGUGGCAUGAUGGGUAUGGGCAACAUGAACUACAACAUGAUGCAGCGACCCAUGUACCAGCCCAUGGUCGGCAUGCACGGCCCUCAGAUGCACAACAUCCCCCAGCAACAACUACAGCCCGAGGGCAAGGGUAAAGGCAAGGUUGUUGAGCUCGACCAGAACAAGUGGGAAGAGCAUUUUGCUCAGUUGGAGAUCAAUGGUGACGAGGCCCGUGCCAUGGAGCCCGAGCUCAACAAGAUGGACGAGGCGCUACUUCACUCCGAGACUGGUGCUGGCGAUCUCGAGUCGAUCUGGCGCGGUAUCCAGGCCGAAAGAGACGCCAUGAAGGAGCUGGACGAGAUUGAUGUCCAGGACGACUUCGCCAAGUUCGACAGCGAGAACCUGGAAAAGGAAGAUUGGACGCUGAACGGCAGGCUCGGCGCCGACCCUAUCGUGCAAGAGUACCUCUUCGAGGAAGAUAACCUCUUCCGGGAGACACCAAACCCAUUCGAAGAGGGUAUUCGUAUCAUGAAGGAGGGCGGGAACCUGUCGCUAGCUGCUCUGGCCUUCGAGGCUGCGGUCCAGAAGAACCCCGACCACACCGAGGCGUGGGUCUACCUCGGACAGACGCAAGCCCAGAACGAGAAGGAAGAAGCUGCCAUCCGUGCUCUCGAGCGUGCCAUGAAGCUCGACCCCAACAACCUCUCUGCUAUGAUGGGCCUAGCCGUCUCCUACACCAACGAGGGCUACGACAGCACCGCCUACCGCACGCUCGAGCGCUGGCUGUCGACCAAGUACCCCAGCGUCAUCUCACCCAGUAACCUUUCCUCGGCCGCCGACAUGGGCUUCACCGACCGCGCCCAGCUGCACGAGCGCGUCACCAACCUCUUCCUCGAGGCGGCCUGCCUCGCUCCCGAUGGCGAUCACAUGGACCCCGACGUGCAGGUCGGCCUAGGCGUCCUGUUCUACGGCGCCGAGGACUACGACAAGGCGGUCGACUGCUUCCAGUCGGCGCUGCACUCGACCGAGCUCGGCACCUCCAACCAGCGCGAACAGAUCCACCUGCUCUGGAACCGGCUGGGCGCCACUCUCGCCAACAGCGGCCGCUCCGAGGAGGCCAUCGCCGCAUACGAAAAGGCCCUCGCCAUCCACCCCAACUUUGUCCGCGCCCGCUACAACCUCGGCGUCUCGUGCAUUAACAUCGGCUGCCAUGCUGAGGCCGCGGGUCACUUGCUCGCGGCGCUGGACAUGCACAAGUCCGUAGAGAAGAGCGGGCGUGAGAAGGCGCGCGAGCUGCUGGGCGGCAAUGCGGGUGAUAGCGACUCGCGUAUCGAUAACAUGAUGACGCAGAACAGGAGCACGACCCUUUACGACACUCUCCGUCGCGUGUUCACGCAGAUGGGACGGAGGGAUCUGGCGGAGAAGGUCACUACGGGCGUGGAUCCGGAGAUCUUCCGUGGUGAGUUUGAUUUUUAGAGUGAGUCAGAGUUGGAGCUGAAAGAAGAGGCUCAGGAGUGGAUGGUCGGGUAUGACGCUAUGGAGGAUGUUUACUACGAUGUUGAUGUCGAAAUGGAGAAGGCCUUGAAGGAGGAGCAGCAGUGGUGUGAUGAGGACUUGGACGAGGGUUACUUCUCGAGUGAGACGAGUACACUAUGUUCGGAUGAUUAUAGGGAGUUUUGGUGAAUAUACAAAUAUUAAGUGCUGUACGAAGCGAAUGUAGCUGGCUUGUCGGGGUUGUUAAUAUCUUGUGUUGGGGAGUGAAAAGUCGAAGAUGGGGUUUGGUGCUUUUCGGUUAGUGGUGAGUCUGGUUUUGCAUUUGCUGGGUGUCGUGUGUUUCUUUCUUGCUUCACGACGGUGAGCGGAGAAAAGCGGAUUGUGUUCACAAACACAUACAUAGAUAGAUACGAUACAUAGGCUUCUGAAAGAUUUUGCAUUGCGUUUCCUUGCCAUACCUCGCUCGUUUUGAUAUACACAAGUUUGGGAUCGCUACCUUGCGAGUAUGUACCGUCAACCAGGAAUAGAAGAGUAGAUCUAAUGAAGGUGUGCAAAGCCGAGGCUCUUGGUCAACCGCACAUGUAUCACUGGACCUUAACGAACUGUGAUACUGGUGAUGGAUGCUGAAGACUCAAGACGUCGCUUU